CCCAAACACAAGGCUGAGUUGCACAUUGGAAGCGGGAUCACAAGGUCUUAAGGUGAAAUCGCGCUAGUAAUAUGUCUAACCUAACAUGUGGUCAACGAUGCCUUCAAAUUGUACUUGUAAUUGCCAAUAUUUUGGUUAUUAUAUGUGGAAUGGCACUCGUCACCAUUGGAAUAAUUUCAUGCUUAUCUGUAAAUCAAUACUCAAGAGAUGUUGACGUUGCUAUUUACGGUCUAGCCGUUUUCAUAACUGUUCUUGGAGUGGUUGUUUUCUUCUUAGGAAUAAUUGGAUGUUGUGGGGCUUGUAAUGAGAGUGUCUACAAACUCACUUUAUAUGCCACAUUGCUUUUUAUAAUUAUUUUAUGUGAAUUUGCUGGGGGUAUUGGAGCUCUUGUGUUAAAGGACAAAGUUAAAGAGAAGUUCAAAAAAGCUAUUGAAGAUGCUGUGCGGCAGUAUGGUAGGAAUCCUGACUUAAGUGCUCUGGUCGAUUCGAUUCAAACUGGGGUUGGUUGUUGCGGAGCGAAUUCACCGAAUGACUAUCAGGAACAACCACCAUCGUGUUUCAAGGAUGGCAGGAGAUAUGAAACGGGUUGUGUUUCUGCACUUGGUGAACUGUUCAGGAAGUAUAUGAUUCUAAUUGUAAUCUUUUCAUUUGCAUUUGCAGGAUUACAAAUUGUAUGCUUUAUGUUUACAGUUUGUUUAUGUAAUGCAAUUAGACAUAGUAAAUAAGAUUGACAAAAUUGACAUAUCGGAAUAAUAUGUAAGAUUGUUUAUUCAUUCAUUUUCUACAUUCAAGAUAUUCUAAGAUUAUUUUUUUUUCCUAUUCAAAUACUUACUUCUGUUUUGAUCAGCUUAUAUCUCUUUAAAUUUUCUGUCUUCUAAUUUACCGCCAUUAAUUUCAACUAUUCAAUGUUUCAAUAAUGUUUGGAGGAAAAAAAGAAUUCGAAUUUAUUAGUUUAAACAAAAAAACUAAACAAAUGAAUGAGAUGGCUUACUUUGUUAUUUUUUUUAUAUGGAUUUGUUGGACUGUUAAAUUUCUAGUCUUGCAUUUAUAUUUAUAUAUAUAUUAACACUAUGAGUUAUUCUGAAUAACCUUCUUUUUUUAACGUUUCUGAUGUUCAUACUUUUAUAAUAUUAACAAUUGGAGGUAUAAAGAAAAGCGUUGAUUUCCUUCAUUUAAAAAAUGUUUUGUGGAAAAUAUAAAACUUGCGAUGGUUAUUCAAUAAAAAUGCUAUUCAUGUUA